CUAAACUAAAUAAAAAAUAAAUUGUUCAUUUACAACAAAACGUAGAAAUGAAUAUUUUCACCAAAGCUAAAUCUCUUGUUACUCCUGGAAUAAACUUCCUCAGACACGCUGGCUCAAAACCGUCUGAAGAAAUCAAAAAACUUGUUACAAACGACAAAGUUGUAGUGUUUAUGAAAGGGGUCCCUGAAAAGCCCCAAUGCGGCUUCAGCAAUGCUGUUAUCCAAGUUUUACGAAUGCACGGAGUAUCCUAUGAAGCCCACAAUGUCCUCAAUGACGAGUCCCUACGUCAAGGAGUUAAAGAAUAUUCAAAUUGGCCUACCAUACCACAAGUUUAUAUUAAUGGAGAAUUUGUCGGAGGUUGCGAUAUUAUGUUGCAAAUGCAUCAAUCCGGAGAAUUGAUCGAAGAACUCGAUAAAGUUGGUAUCAGAAGCGCUUUGCUGGAUCAAAAAGCAGAGGAAAGUAAGAAAAAGGAUGAAAAUGAGAGUAAAUAAUUUAGUUCUAAAAUUGUUUUUUGUGUUAUAUGAAUAGGUAUUGAUUUUGUUAUUGGAUUUCUGAGUUUCCUAUAUGUAGUUAUUUAUUUUAAUAAAAAUUGGCGAAAAAAAGA